AGCGGUGAGGCGGGGCCGGCGGCCGGGGCAGCGGCGGCGCCGCGGUGCACCACGGCGGGGCGGUGCGGAGCGGUGCGGAGCGGAGCGGAGGGGAGCGCUGCCCGCGGCGCGGCCGGCAGUGCGCUGCGCUUCCACCCGCGGAGCAGAAUGCCCAUACGCGAGCUCAAAGUCUGUCUGCUUGGCGAUACUGGAGUUGGGAAAUCAAGCAUUGUUUCUCGGUUUGCCAAUGACUGCUUUGAACACACUACGAACCCUACCAUUGGGGCAUCCUUCGUGAGUAAAACUGUGCAGUAUGGGAAGGAGCUUCACAAAUUUGUCAUCUGGGACACAGCUGGUCAGGAGCGGUUUAACUCCCUGGUUCCGAUGUACUACCGAGGCUCAGCAGCAGCUGUGGUCGUUUACGAUGUCACCAAACGGGAUUCGUUUUGCAAUACUUUGAAGAAGUGGGUGCAAGAACUAAAACGACACGGGCCUGAAGACAUUAUAGUGGCUAUUGUUGGGAACAAAUGUGAUCUUUCUGGUAUCAGGGAGGUUCCUCUGGAAGAUGCCAAAAAAUAUGCAGAAUCCAUAGGUGCUAUUUAUCUUGAAACCAGUGCAAAGAGUGGUUGUAACAUUGCUGAACUGUUUAAAGCAAUCAGCCAGCGAAUUCCACCCCUGUAUCUUGUUGGGAACAGUGAGAAUGCACCAAUCAAACUUCGAAAGCAGAAGCCACGUCCUCGUUUUGGUAUUAGCUGCUGAUGACCCCACUGGAGCUCUUUAGGUUUACUUGAAACCAGCACCGUUUGCUCUUUGUUUUCCCUGAGAGAGGGCUUUUGUGAUCUCAGUGCUCCUUAUCUUGAAAGUAGCAAUUCUAACACUUCCCACCAGCAAUAACCCAAGGGGCUGGAGCCGAAGGCUUCGCUUCAAAGGGAUUUUGCAAAACCCAGGUGGAAAAUCCUCUCUAAUAUCCUCUCAGAAUGACAGUGCCAGAGUGCUCUGAGUCUGUUUGAACCAGGGGCUGGGUGGUUUUUUUUUUGUUGUUGUUGUUUGUUUGUUUUUUUACUAAAAAUGUCAUUUUAAAUAUUCAAUUUAGAUUUGCAGCCAAAACUUUUUACAGUGCAAAGUGGAUUGGGCACGUUUUUAGAGUUUUCUGUGUAAUGAUAGGGUGAAAACAACCUCAUAAAUCCUGGGUUUUGGCUUAGAGUAUCUCUGCCACCUGGUUCAGUAUUUUUCUAAGUCUCAUAGCUUCAUCUCAUGCUUCCAGUAAAUAUCAUCAAGAAAUGGACUGAAUUUGCUAACCCCUCCCCAAAAAAAUUGGAUUUAAGGAAUGAGUGAGGGCAGUUUUUACAGGCUGGGAGGCAAAACCUGUGCCAGGAGGUGCUGUGUAUGUGAAAGAAGGAGCUGGCAUGAAGGAGGCUGCUGGACCUCACACAGUUUCAGUCUGCUUCAGAAAGAAGCUGCAGAGACUGUGUUUGUCUAAAUCACAGACUGGCAAAGGUUGGAAGGAAACUCUGGAGAUCAUCUACCUGACGUCCUAAAAAGUGAGAGACUUUUUAGGAUGUCAGGCAGUGAUAGGACUAGGGGGAGUGGAGCAAAACUAGAAAUGGGUGGAUUCAGAUUGGAUGUUAGGAAGAAGUUCUUCACCAUGAGAGGACUGAGAGGAGAUUUAAUAAAUGUUUAUAAACAUCUUAGGGCUGAUGGUCAGGAGAGGGCGGACAGGCUCUGCUCACUUGCUCCCUGGGACAGGACAAGGAGCAAUGGGUGUAAGCUGCAGCACAGGAGGUUCCACCUCAACACAAGGGGGAACUUCUUUACUGUAAGGGUCACAGAGCACUGGCACAGGCUGCCCAGGGGGCUGUGAAAUCUCUUUCUCUGGAGACUUUCCAGGCCUGUCUGGAUGUGUUUCUCUGUGAUCUGUGCUAGAUUUUAUGGUACUGCUCUGGCAGGGGGGGUGGACUCAAUGAUCUCCUUGGGUCCCUUCCAAUCCGUAAUAUCCUGUGGUCCUGUGAUUCUGUGAUGAGGGUCAUGAGACACUGGAACUGGUUGCCCAGGGAGGUGGUAGAAACCUCAUCCCUGGAAGUCUUUAAGGUCAGGCUGGAUGUGGCUCUGAGCAAUAUGAUGUAGUGUGAGGUGUCCCUGCCCAUGGCAGAGGGGAUUUGAAACUAGGUGAUCCUUGAGGUCCCUUCCAGCCCUGACAAUUCUAUGACUCUGUGAUCAUUUAGUCCAACCUCUCUGCUGGAGCAGGGUCACCCAGAGCAGGUUGCCUGGGAUAGCAAUGUCCAGGUGAGUUUAGAAUCUCUCCAGAGGAUGAGACACUGCCUGAGUCAAUAUCCUUCCCAGGGUGUAGGUUUCUAUGAUGGCUGAAACUGUCCAAAGAACAUCAACACCAGUGUAACCUCCAGUGCUUAGCAGAUGUCCUCCAAAUCUGUGCCCCAGACCAAAAAUGUCUGCUCAGAAAUACCACUUGAUUUCUUAAAGAGGAUGCCACAGUGCCCUGCUCCUCAUGGUCUCAUCACUGCACUCCAAGAAGUCUUCAAGUUGGAGUGAUGAUGUUUCUGUACAAAACCAGCUGAAGAGAGCACAGGAGAAUUGAGGGUAUAAAGGCUGGAACCCAAUGAACCCCACCAGAAUGUUUCUUUUCAAAUGCAAUUCUGUGAGCCUGACCUGGCAGCAGCCUGAUCUAGAUGAAGGUGCUUACUGCAGGGGGAUUGUUCUAAAUGACCUUUCGAGGUCCCUUCCAACCUAAAGCAUUCUGUGAUUGUAUGAAUUUGUGGAGCAGGCCACCACUGAGCUGUGUGUGAAGCAUCUCAACUUUGUAUGUUAAAAUAGUUUAAAACUGGCAGUGGUAACAUGAGUCUGUGGCAGGUUUAAAAUUCAAACGACCUCAGAGGUAUUUUUUGUGUUGGGUGGGCCAGAGCUAAAUCUCCUUGUUCUGCUUUUAGUCAUCAAGGGAAACAUUUACAUGAACAAGGAUCUUGGUUGUGUAAAUUCUUGGGAUUGGAGUUAAGGUGAGCUGUGGAGAAACUCUGAAGAUCAGCAACUGUGAAAUCACAGGUGAAGAAAUAAGGGCCCAGUGUACAGAGCAGCUCAUGUUUCCCCUGAAGACUUUCUCUGAAGCUUGCCUUCAACAAUGGUGUUGCCUUUCUGCUCUUCCUCAAAGCUGGAAGAACAGCUUUGUUUCUUCAAGUCAGGG